AUGUGGUUCAAGAUCGUGCGCUACUCACUCAACAGAAACAGCGGCGCAGUGCCAUCCGGGAAGAUCGACCAGAUCAAGAAUAGACUUCUCAAGCCGUGGCAAGACAGUCCUGUGUUGUUGGAAGAAGCCGAGAAGCAGUUCUGGCGCGUGAACGAGAUACACCUGCAUAUCCAGCUGAGGUACGGGAUCGCACAUUACACUGGGGGAGCUCAGCCAUACAUUGCCCAUGGUGUCUCCUUGCGCGUUCGUCGUCUUCAUCUUCUCUUCGAUGUCUAUGAUGAUGGUACUCUUAUCGACCCGGUGGACGCCAUUGUACAAGUCCUACGGGUCGUCGCACAAGACUUCACUCAACUGGACUCUCCCUCACUGUCAACCUCCACGUCGACGACUUCAGAAAGUGCAUCGAUGCGCAAAGACCUCGGCGUGAUCAUCUUCGCCAUUCUCGCCAUCCCAACCUCAGAGACCGUCUUGAUCCGAACGGAUCUGUUCUCUCACCCCAAGAGAUACUGCUCGAGCCCGAGCUUUGUGCCCUUGGGGCUUGUACUGGCUACCUUGAGGGAGGAUCAGAUCGAGUCGGCUAAGGCGAAUGAGAUGCUGACUUGGGACGAUAGCAUGAUCAGAGACGCAUACCUGCAGAUGGAUGUGGGGAAAGCACUGCGAGUUCGGGGAUAA